AUGAAAUUUCCAUCAUAGUUUUCAAGCACGGAAAUGAAACAAAAGAGAAUAGUCCAACUCAAAGAGAGAAAAAAAACAAAAACAAAAAUGGAGAUUCCACAAGUUGUGGGGGAAGAAAAAAUGAAAAGGAAUUUAGAAUAUGCGGAGAGGUAUUCUUCUGGACAAUGAAUGAGGAGGAGUAGUGAAUCGGGGCACGCAACAAAGGGGAAGGAAAAUUAAUCCCUUCAUUAUUAUAUGACUUACACUAACACGAGUUAUUAUUAUUUAUUUUGAUUCUUAAAAUACCAAAUCAGAACUAUUAACCUAAUCUCUCUAUCUACUUUGUUUCGUUUCACAUAUUUGAAAAAGAAAACCUUAGGCGAGGGGAAGUAACGCAAAACCGAAACGCACAACAUUCACAUCCACAUUGUAAAACUCUUUAUACAUACCAAUUCCCUUCCUUUCCUCUCUGUCUCUUCGCAAUCCCUUUCUUCUUCGCUGCCAGACAGGGUGAUGUUGAAACCUGAAAUACAGUCUCAAUUCUACAAUGGGAUUGAGGAGGUAGAUAAAAUGCAAAUUCAUGAGUAGUUUGAAGAUUAUGAGAGAACAUGGGACAGUUGCUGGGGCAGAGAGGGUGAAAAUGUGCACCUUCUGUAAUAACAGAAAGUCAGUGGUGUAAAGUUAUCAGAAAUAGAUGAAACAGCGGUUAUAAAUAUAUAAUGUCUGGACUGAUUGAAAGACUUCCUGAUGCUGUUGCAAUUAGGUGCCUUGCACGUGUUCCCUUCUACUUUCACCCAGUGUUAGAGCUUGUCUCUCGUUCUUGGCAAGCAGCUAUUCGUAGCCCUGAACUAUUUAAAGCUCGGCAGGAGGUUGGUUCAACUGAGGAUCUGUUAUGUGUCUGUGCUUUUGAUCCAGAGAACUUAUGGCAGUUGUAUGACCCUAUGCGAGAUCUCUGGAUUACACUCCCUGUUCUUCCCUCAAAGAUCAGGCACCUUUCCAACUUUGGUGCUGUUUCCACUGCUGGAAAGUUGUUUGUGAUUGGUGGUGGAAGUGAUGCUGUUGAUCCUUUGACUGGUGACCAAGAUGGUUGUUUUGCAACAGAUGAAGUUUGGUCAUAUGACCCUGUAGUCCGGCAGUGGGCCCCUCGUGCGUCAAUGCUUGUUCCCCGUUCUAUGUUUGCAUGCUGCGUUUUGAAUGGAAAAAUUGUUGUGGCUGGGGGCUUCACUAGCUGCAGAAAAUCAAUAUCUCAAGCAGAAAUGUAUGAUCCUGACAAGGAUGUUUGGAUUCCAAUGCCUGAUCUUCAUCGCACUCAUAAUUCAGCCUGUUCGGGGGUAGUGAUUGGUGGGAAGGUGCAUGUACUGCACAAGGAUUUGUCAACAGUGCAAGUUUUAGACAAUGCAGGGCCCGGUUGGACCGUUGAGGAAUGCGUGUGGCUCCAAGGGCAGAUGGCAGUUGUCGGCGAUGCACUUUAUGUAAUGAGCCAUGGAUUAAUCUUCAAGCAGGACAAAGAAGUGAGAAAGGUUGUAGGUUCAGCAUCCGAGUUUCGAAAGAGAAUUGGCUUUGCAAUGACUGGACUAGGUGAUGACUUAUACGUGAUUGGAGGCUUCAUUGGACCAGAUAGAUGGAAUUGGGACAUUAAGCCAUUAUCCGAAGUUGAUGUUCUCACACUUGGAAGUGAGAGACCAACUUGGCGCCAAGCAGCUCCGAUGACACGGUGUCAUGGUCCUAUUCUUGGUUGUACGCUGCUGAGAAUUUAGGCUUUAGCUUUCUAGGUUCUAGUGUAAUUUGUGCUCGUGGGAUUUGGAUCGCUUCAACUAGACAAAGAAUCAGUUGUUCAAUGGCUUCCCUGUUUUGUAUGUAAGCUAUAACAUUUGUCCUUGUUUUUAUGUUUAUCACAUGCGGUAAAGAGGUGAGUUUCCGUAUUUGUUCUGUUUCUAGCAAAACAGUUAAGGAUCACCAUUAACAAGGUCACAAAUCGGUGCUAUUCCUAUUCCCA